ACUGUCGGCUAGUGCAGAACACAGUGGUGAAACGAAAAGCCGCGUUCGGUUGCUCGGUGGAACACGGGGACUCGCGGAACACGUAGUCACGCGAACGCGACUCGAAGGAAAUACGCGAGAGAGAAAGAGAAAAGAGUACGACGUUGUGUUCUCGAAACGAUAUUUUCGUCAGUUUUUGUGCGCGCGAUACAUCGGCUACCCCACGCCUCAACUUUCUCGGAACAAAGAGGGAGGCGGUACGCAGCCAAAACUCCCGACACGGCGGGAACAAAGGAACAGCCUCCUCGGGAGUCGUUGAAACGUGAAACGAUCGAUCGUUUGGCUUGAACGUUGUCCGGGUAUUCGCGAUUAUCGUAUUCUGUGCCUGCGGAUCGAUCGUUCCGCGCCUCUUACGAGGACGCCACGCACCGUGCUACACACCCGCCGCCACCAUCGUCGCGUCUCCUCCCUCUCCUCUUGGAAUAAUAUAUCCAGUGAGUUUCUUGUGACGAACCACGCCGGGGGACGCUCUUCGAGGGAAAAUUUCGCCUCGUCGCGCCACUCGGGACGCUCUCGACCAUCGAGGUCAGUUUUGUUGGGCACGCGGCAUUCAAAUAGAGCAUUCGGAAAUCUCGAGAACGGAAGACAGGUGAAAUAGAGAAAGGAUAGAGAGGUAAACGGAGCAAGAUGGGUGCGAAACAAAGUAGAAGGUCCGUGGACAUAACGACUACUCCUAAGAAGGAAGGGAUACCGGCCGACGGAGGUGUUGUUCUCGGUGAUGCGGCUGCACCUGGCGAUGGCAAGCUGGAGAGGAUCGAGGAGAACGACGCAAAGCCCACCACUAACGGCAUAGCGCCGCACACGGACGCGACCGAGGAUAAAGACAAGGAUAAGGAUGAUGCUACGGAAAAGGAAAAGGAGAAGCAAGAAGAAGUAAAGGCUGAAGAUGCGAAGCAAUUAUCAGCCGAAGAAUCCGCUGCGGAAACGGCGGAGGUCACGACACCCACGGAAGCUACACCUGCUAGUCCCAACGCUGCCACUUCCCCAGACGUCAAGGAAACCAAAAAGAAGGACAAGGUGAAGAAAAAGUGGUCCUUCAGGUCGAUCAGCUUCAGCAAGAAGGAUAAGAGCAAACCUGCCCGCGAAGAGGCUCCCAAAAAUGGGGAUGUCACCAAGGAGGAACCACUCGCAGAGGGUGGAGAGGAAGCUGAGAACGUAUCGGCAACGGCAGCUAGCCCAGUCGAGGAGAAGUCGGUAGCAAGUAGUCCAUCCGCGGAGAACGAAUCGGUGUCGGUGUCAGCGACGGCAACGGCAACACCGACGGCAACACCAACAGCAACAGCAACAACGACGACAACAGCGACGACACCUUCCACCGAGACGAAGGAAGAUGGCCCGACAGUGGACGCUGGUAGCCCUGCCGACGAAAAGCAGGAGGAACCCACUCCCUCUGCCCCCACUCCCGUCCCUGUUGAGGAAAAGAAAGAGGAAGUCGAAAAAGUCGAGGCCGAGAAAAAAGUAGUCGAGAGCAUCGUGGAACCCGAAGCACCGGUAGAAAAUAACGUAGUUCGCGACAACACGAUGGAAAGUUCCGAAGAAACCAAGAUUACACCCGCAGCCAUCCCGACCGAAGUUCCCGCCUCUCCACCUUCUGCACCUGCCAUUACGGAAGAUGUUGCCUCCGUAGCUAAGGCUAUCGAAGAGAUCGACAUAAGCGAUAAGGCUGUCGCGGCGGCAACCAUCGAGUGUAAUACGAACGCAAUUAUCGCGGACGCUCAUUACCAAAACAACAUAAACGAAUAAACGCCACUAACCGAAUUGUAUUUUGGGAAGAAGAAAGUUUUUUUCUCUCGUUAAAACCAAAAAAAUAUAUUAUAUAGAUAUGUAUAUUUGGACCAUUCCUGCAACUAAACAGAAAAUAACGUUCUUUCGUUACGAGCAACAACAAAAAAAAAAAGAGGAAAAUGGAAAAUAAAGAAAUGGAACGACGACGAUGUUACCGCGACAUUGCGUGAGCAUUAUAGACUUUAUCGUAGGCCUAUUAAUAAUUAUUAGGUGGCAUUUGAUGGCAGGGCGAACAAGAAUGUUCACGAAAGGCUACGGUCGUAUUCAUCGGGGAGAAAACGAAGUUACGAGGUUGAGUCGAGUAAAACGAUUGAUUUCGAAAACGUGUCGUCUUUUGCAGAUGGUUGGUACACCUCAAAGCUGCUGGUUUACGCUGUUUCUUUUUCUCUCUCCAAAACUAGUAUCGUAAACGAUCAAUUUUCUACAUCCGUCUAUAUCGCUCACUCGCGGUUUAAAUAACGCCGUGACCGGCCGUGCUGUAUACAAUUUGAAAGAAACAAGAAAAACCUCAUUGUUAUUAAAUUAAGUCAAAUUACGCAACCAUCGUGCAGCGGACAAACGACAAAGUAAGAUGAAUAUCCUAAGAGCAGACGAUCAAGAGGAUCAUCGUUUGUCGCGUUCUCUAUGGGAAAAUAUUGAUUGAAUCGCGCGCGACCACUCGUAACUAUUACACAAUUACUACAUCGAAAGAGUGCGAAGAAAAAGAAAAAGAUUCGUAAGCUAAGGGAUCGAGAUGCGCGAGUGCCGUCGUUCGAAUACAUUUGAGAGAAAGAGGGGGAGAGAGAGAGAGAGUGUAUGUGUGUGUGUAUGUGUGUGCGCGCGCUUGAGAAAGAGAGAAGAAAGGAUCGAACUAAAUGAUGUCGAAAAUUUGGAAUGAUAUCUUCGUCGGAUCGUCAACUCAAAAUGAAACAAGCUGGGAGAAAAGAGAGAGUGGAAAAACACGUCGAGGCUCGCACGAGUAACGAAACACUCGAAUAAGGUAAAGUCGAUUAGUUUAUUCAUAUUUCUUUCGCGGUCCUUAUUUUUCUUUGUAAUUAUACAAUCGAGAAAUUUUAUGUUGUAACGGGGAACUGCACACAGUUGUACGUGUAUGACUUUGGUACGCGCUAGUACAUGAUACGCGCAAACACACGUAACCAAGGGGAAUAAUUACACGCGAAUAUACGUACAGAGAGGAGUAAAGAAAACGAAAAAGAAAAAGGAAACAUACAAUAAGUCGAGACAACAGUGUAAGUGAGAUAUAUAAUCUAGACAUAGAGAAAGCAUUUGUGUAAAUUCGGCGUUCGUUCGAAAUGCUACUUCUCCAUACGAGGAAGCCUAUUCAUAAUUUUAUAAUAAUCAUCAUUAUAAAAUAUCGCCUAAUUACAAUUACGAAACAUGCACAAUUUACAACUCGAAAAGAAUUCGUUCGUAACGGAUCACCGGGAGUAAAAUAAUUAACUACGGAAGCUUUUUUUAUCAAGAACGUAGCGUAGAUCGUAAAGUUUAACGAAAACGCGCAUUAUAUCAUAUGUGUAAAUGCUCCAAAAUCUCCGAAUAUCUCUAAGCGUUAUAAUGGAGCGAGCGUUCACCAUGCCCGCGACCGGCAUUGAUUUUUAAACGAUAUAUUAUUAUUAUUAUUAUUAUUAUUAUUAUUAUUAACGAGUAAGGAGAAGGAGGUAAAAUUAAAAGUUGUAUAGUAAACCUUUCAUUAAAUAUAUUGUCCGUAAUGAUCUUUACAACGAAA